AUGUUCAAAUUAAGUCUAACAAAACAACAAGUAUUGUCAAUAAAUAAAACGUCGUCCACUACUGUCAAACAAUUAUUCAAGAUGCCAAUUUUAGCAACCAAGACCCCCUUUUCCACCACCACUGCCAAAGGUGAAACGUAUAAAUUGCAAUCACAAUUACCCAAAUUGCCAGUUCCUGAAUUACAAGAAACUGCUGCUAAGUAUAUUAGAUCAAUUGAACCAUUUUUGAACCAACAACAAUUGCAAGAUUCGAAAGCUAAAGUUGAAGAGUUUAUUAAACCUGGUGGAGCUGGUGAACAAUUGCAACAGAGAUUGAAUUCAUUUGCCGAAGGUAAAGAUAACUGGUUGGCUGAAUUUUGGGAUGAUUAUGCUUACUUGUCCUAUAGAGAUCCUGUUGUUCCAUUUGUAUCGUAUUUCUUUUCCCACAAGGAUGUGAGAAAUAUAGUUGGACAAGAUCAAUUGUUGAAGGCGACUUUGAUUGCUUAUCAUACGAUUGAGUUUGCUGAACAAGUGCAAAAUGAAACUUUACAACCAGAAGUGAUUAAAGGUAACCCAUUCUGUAUGAAUGCGUUCAAGUACAUGUUUAACAACUCGAGAGUUCCUGCUGAAGGGUCCGAUGUUACCCAACAUUAUGAUGCCAAUGCCAAUAGAUUUUUCGUUGUUGUUUACAAAAACAAUUUUUACAAGGUCCCUACUCAUAAUGAACAAGGACAAAGAUUGUCCAAGGGAGAAAUCUACAGCUAUUUGCAACAAGUCAAGAACGAUCCAACCCCAACUGGAGUGCCAGUUGGUGCGUUGACUUCAUUGAAUAGAGACGAAUGGUUGAGUGCCUACAACAACCUUUUGAAAUCACCCAUCAAUGAAGCUUCAUUGACUGAUAUAUUUGCUUCUGCUUUCGUUGUGUGUUUGGAUUCAAACAAUCCAAUUACUAUUGAAGAGAAAUCCAAGAACUGCUGGCACGGAAAUGGUCAAAAUAGAUGGUUUGACAAGCCAUUGGAGUUUUUCGUUAGUGCCAAUGGUAACUCAGGUUUCCUUGGUGAACAUUCAAGAAUGGACGCUACACCAACCGUUCAAAUGAACAACACUAUCUUGAAGCAAAUUGCUGAAACCAACCCUGAGGAAUUGAUUGCUGAGAUUGCCACUGUUGCCCCAAGAGUUGGUAAAGCUGAUAUUUUAUCAUUUGAUAUCAACCCUACAUCAAGAGCCAACAUUGCUUCAGCCGUAGUUAAAUUCGAUGCUACUAUUGCUGCUCAUGAUGAAGAGAUUUUCCAACAUUACGGCUAUGGUAAAAAUUUGAUCAAGAAGUUCAAGACAUCUCCUGAUGCUUAUGUACAAAUGUUGAUGCAAUUGGCAUAUUACAAAUUGACCGGUAAAGUGAGACCAACUUAUGAAUCAGCCGCCACUAGAAAGUUCUUGAAGGGAAGAACCGAAACUGGAAGAACCGUUUCCAAUGAAUCAAAGAAGUUUGUUGAAACUUGGACUGAUCCAAAGGCAUCACUUGAAGAAAAAGUCGCCACUUUCCAAGCCGCUACUAAACAACAUGUUGCUUACUUGUCCUCCGCCGCUGAUGGAAAGGGAGUUGAUCGUCACUUGUUUGGAUUGAAACAAAUGUUGAAACCAGGUGAAGCAAUUCCGGAAAUAUUCACUGAUCCUAUUUUCUCUUAUUCGCAAACAUGGUACAUUUCGUCAUCCCAAGUUCCUUCAGAAUUUUUCCAAUCUUGGGGUUGGUCACAAGUGAUUGAUGAUGGAUUUGGAUUGGCUUAUUUGAUCAAUAAUGAUUGGAUCCAUGUUCAUAUUUCAUGCAAGUAUGGUAAUGGAUUGAGUUCGGCCCAAUUGAAGUGGUUCCUUGUUGAUAGUGCCAAUGAGAUGCAAGAUGUAUUGGUCAAGGGAUUAUUGGGCGAUAAGGCCAAGUUGUAA